AUGACCGGACUACAACAGACGCUGGCGCAUCCCGCCUCAAAGACAGUCGGUGCGGUGGAAGCCAACUGCAGUCCCAGCCAGGCCUGGACGCCGGUCCCGCCCAUGCAGGCCUUGUGCCUGGCUCCGGGGCUCCCCGAGGACUGGAGGGCGCCGGUGAAGCUCGAACCCGUAGAGAUGGCAGAGGCU